UGCUAGCGCCAGCGGUUCAUUCGUGCGUGUAGAACUGUGGGGUACCUCGCCGGGAGGGAGGAAACGUGUUUCAAUUAUUUUUUUGCAGGCUUCUCCCGUUGUAAUUAGCCGUCAUUGCUGGAGUAUCGUUAAAAAGAGUUUUCGUCGUUACUUCGGGUUUUACUUAACGGCGCAACGCUGUAAGCACUGGGCUUAAGGGUUUGUCACCUGGCUGCUGCAGCUGACUUAACCUACUCGUGUAGUUGCCAAAAGAAAAAAGGCAGUUGCUAAAAAGUAGUUAGCAAGUCAGCCAGUUAGCCUGCCAGCUAGCCACCUCUCCCCACUGCCACAGCAGUCCCACCCUCACCAAGUGCGUGGACGUCGUAAGAAGCUGCGGCGGUGAAGUCGAGUGCUUUUCCCUCUCAACUUAGCCAGCGUCGCUGUUACAGCUGGCUGGCAAGCUAAAAUUGCCCUCUAAACGUUAGCUAGGUGACGCCAACGUAAAAUUGUUGGCUUUAACGUUGGACAAGUCACUUCUGUGGAGGGAUACGGUCGCUACACUGGCAAAGAGACUGGCUAAAAAGAAGAGGCGAAAUAAGAGAGAACAAGGAAGACGACGAGAAGGAGGGGACUGGCUAGUUUAGCCGGGGAGACAGAAUCUCACCUAGAUAGCAAACACCGCCACUGAGCCAGGUACAGCCAUGAGUAUUGAGAUACCCGUGGGGUUGACAGAACUGCUGCAGGGCUACACUGUGGAGGUGCUGCGACAAAGGCCGUCAGACCUGGUGGAUUUUGCAGUACAGUACUUCACCCGUUUGCGGGACAGCAGAAAUCAGGAUGGGGCUAGUGCUGGUGGCAAGACGGGGAAAGGAGUGAUGUUUGAUGGGGAGCCGAUGCAAACAGAGUCCAACGGAGAGGAUGACGAAGAUGAUGAUUCUGACUUUGAGCCUCCUCCACCCAGCAGAUUCAACAGGAGAGUGUCAGUGUGUGCGGAGGCAUUCAACCCAGACGAUGACGACGAGGACACGGAGCCCAGAGUGGUUCACCCAAAAACAGAUGAACAGCGCUGCAGACUGCAGGAGGCCUGCCGAGACAUCCUACUCUUCAAAACACUAGAUCAGGAGCAGUUCUCAGAGGUACUCGACGCCAUGUUUGAAUUAAGGGUUCAGCCCCAGGAGCACGUCAUCGACCAGGGAGACGAUGGAGACAACUUCUACGUCAUAGAGAGGGGUGUGUAUGACAUAGCAGUAUCAGGAACAUGCGUGGGUCAGUAUGACAAUAAGGGCAGCUUCGGGGAGCUGGCACUCAUGUACAACACGCCACGCGCCGCCACCAUCAUCGCCACCCAGGAGGGAGCACUAUGGGGACUGGACCGUGCCACAUUUCGUAGACUCAUUGUGAAGAACAAUGCCAAGAAGAGGAGGAUGUACGAGUGUUUCAUUGAGUCUGUGCCCUUACUCAAAUCACUGGAGGCAACCGAGAGGAUGAAGAUAGUGGAUGUAUUAGGAGCGAAGCAGUUCUCAGAUGGCGAGCGCAUCAUCACACAGGGAGACAAGGCUGACUGUUUCUAUGUUGUAGAAUCUGGGGAGGUCAAGAUCAUGAUGAAGAGUAAAACAAAGGCAGACCAUGCAGACAAUGCGGAGGUGGAGAUAACGCGUUGUAGCAGGGGUCAUUACUUUGGGGAGCUGGCCUUGGUCACUAACAAGCCCCGGGCCGCCUCAGCCUACGCAGUGGGCAAUGUCAAGUGUUUGGUAAUAGACGUGCAGGCCUUUGAGCGCCUGCUGGGCUCCUGUAAGGAGAUCAUGAAGAGGAACAUCGCCCACUAUGAGGAGCAACUGGUGGCCCUGUUCGGCUCCAGCAUGGACCUGAGAGACUGAGCCUCCCACACCACCCUCCGUGCCUUCUAUUACACACAUGCACACACACACACACACACACACACACACACGUCCUCUCUCACAUCAUGCAGUGGCUAUACAGACUCAUUGUAAGCUUCACACAGGCCAUGCAAACUCAUGAGAAAUUGGUUCACCUGCACGUACAUAAAUGCCCACACAGUAUGAACACACUCUCACUCAUACUUACAUGUACACUGACACCUAUGUAGGCACUGAGAGGCGCCCAUUUCACUUAGUCUGCUCACCCUCGUGCACAUACUAGCUCAACAAACUCCUUGAUAAACUCACUUGUAGGUGCACGGACACACAUACACACACACACGCACAGAACUAGCUAAAGGCCACAGACCUUGUUGCUUGAGUCAACUUCAACCUCUCAGUAUGAAUGUCUUUGCUGCAAUGACCUUAAUACAGGUAAAGCAGUGUAAGGACAUAAAAUAUACACACAUAUACGGAGACACUCCAUACAGGUUUGAAAACAUCGAUAACACAUUAUGCUUCAUAUGUGAAGGCUUUGUAUUCACAUGAGUGCUUAAACAACUCAAAGUUGUUCCAACAAGCCUUCGUAAAGGACACAUCAACAUACAAACACACACACACAUAGGUUACACACUUGCAAAAAUGGACACAUUGUGGUAAAAUGGAGACAAAAAACUUCAAAAAUCUCUGAAAAGGAAAAAGAAUCGAAAAAGCAAAAAAAGAGAAGUUUAAAGAAGACAUAAGUUUUAGAAAAGUUUUAUGAAGAUAAAAAACAGAAGCUUUGAUAAAAUAUUAUUUAAAUAAAAAAAGUGUUUCCUCUUUGGGAGGCCGGGGUGCAGAACUUUGUGGGUGCGCUCCAUUUCUUCCUCUACUGUUGUUGAUUGAGUUGAGUUAGUGCUGGUGAUUAUUGCAGUACCACAGAAGAAGCAGUGAAAACAAUAACAACCCUAUGUUUUCUGGGCCAUUGUUAUUCUAUUAUUGAAGCCACACUUCAUUGUAUUUAAUUAAUUAUUAAUGUAUUGUUAUUAUAUAUUCAUUUAUUUUUUUUUGUUUUUACUUUGACCAAUUCUGAUAAAAUUCACCAUCCAUCUCUGACAAAAUGUAAAACAGAAAAAAAAAUUCUAAUAAAAACAGUAGUGCUUAUUUCUCCCUGAUUAUCCUUGAAUGAGUUGUUCUGGAUAAAAAAAAAAACAGAAAAAAUAAAGCAAACAUUUUGUUAAAAA